ACCUUUAUAGAGAGAGAGAGAGAGAGAGAGUACAAUAAAGAGAGUGAGCCCCCCAAAAGGAGGGUAUACAAAGAUGCGCUUCGCAUUUUAAAGGAGAAGGAAUCAAGCUUCUCACACUUCUCUAGAGAGAGAGAGAGAGACGGAGGGAGGGAGGGGAGAUGUCGGGAAGGUGGUCGGUGACGUCGCUGCGGUGGCUGGACUUCUCGUUCCCUCUCCGAUCCUCCAUCUUCCGGUGGCCCCAGCUCGUGUCCUCCUACUUCACGGCGGCCCGGCGUGUCGGCGGCGGCGGCGGCGGCCUGGGGUGGGGGUUCCUCCGGUGGCCGGAGCUGGGGCUGGGCUUCUCGAUCCUGGACGACGUCGUGUGGAGCCUCGUGAUGGCGUUCGAGUCCGUGGCCCUCGUCUCCAUGCUCUGCUUCUUCUUCCUCUUCUGCGGAUGCACCAUCUGACCCACCGGCGGGCGACGGGCCCGGCGGCGGCGGUCGGAGGAUGACGAUGCGGUCGGGUCCGGAGGACAUCUGAGGUUUGGUCGGGGAUCGGCAGAUGAGCCGGAGCACGUGGGUCACGUGCGGUCUUUUCCUUCUUUUUGGGAUUAAUUUUUUUACUUUUUCUCCCCUUUUCUCCAUUUUCUCUGUUAAAAGUUUUGGUUGCUUUGUUUCUGCUUUUCGAUAUUUUCCUUUGCACUUGCUUUUUUUUUUUUUUUUUUUUUAAUUCGUGUUCUUCUUCUUGUAAUAUUCUUGGGUUCUCGUGAGAAAAUCUAAAUCUUGCCUUUUAGUAUAA